UCAAAAACUGUUUAGAGCAGUGGAAAAACGUCUCAGUAGGUGUACUGCACCAAAUGGAGAGUACUUUGAAGGUGACUGAAGUUUAAACAGGAAAAUGAGGUACAAAACCAAUCCCUCUCCCAGCUCUGCAUAAUUUUGGAUCUACUACCUGAGGACUUGAAGUGAAGAACUAAAUGAGCCUUCCCCAGAAACCCAACUGCAAUUCAGCUAUAAGGAAAAGCAGAAAGAAUGCGUCCACAUGGGAAUUUGCUACCAUGCUCAGCACUUCUACUCCCUCCCAGAAGAGUAUCGAAGCUGAAGCAGAAGCAACAAUCAUGAAUGUGAAUGGCAUGGCUAUCGUCUUGGCUCUGAUACUCUGUGCUACGGCUGUUCAAGGUUUCCCAAUGUUCAAAGGAGGACGUUGUCUUUGCAUAGGCCCUGGAGUAAAGGCAGUGAAAGCGGCAAAUAUUCAGACAAUCUCUGUAAUUUUCCCAAGUAACUACUGUAACAAAACAGAAUUGAUUAUCACCCUGAAAGCACGAAAAGGACAGAGAUGCCUAAAUCCCCAAUCGAAGCAAGGCAGUAUUAUCAUAAAGAAAGUUGAAGAGAUGAAGUCUUUAAAACAUCAAAACAUCUGAAGUCCUGGAAAAAAAGGAUAUGAAAAUUCAGAACAAAUUUAACUGUUAUGAUGAAAUGAUAAGAAUUCUGUAAUAGGGAAAUGACUUUCUGUUGUCUACUGCAAUGUACCUUCAUGCAUUUGUAGGUUAGGGAAACUUGUAGAAGAUUUGAUAUUUAUAACUAUUCUGCUGUGACAAUGAAAACAUUUUUAAGUUAUCUGUUUGUACUUGAUCUAUAUUAUACUUUAAAACCUGCAGUUAUAAUGGAGACAUUAACAUUAUUCUGAAGUCAAUAUUUUAUGAGUCAAAAGCAUCUAUGUAUAUAAUGAACACUCCCCCCAGUUUUUUAAUGGGAAUCUUAUAGCACAUAUAUAUCCAGGAAAAAAGUUCUUAUAUGUCAUCUUGUUUUAUAAAAAGGCUGUAAUUCAUGAAAUGAACUAUGAAAAAACUGUAAGCUAAAGGAAACUUGUCAAAAUGCAAAUACUUCAUAACUGAAUCAGCAGCUCUGGUCUCAAUUUGAUUUUAACAACUCUGUUUCUCAAUGAGAUGUUUUGAAGCAAUUUCAGAUAUGUGUGUUUACUGUGUAUUUUGGUUUCAUCUAUUCUUAUAAAUUAUAGCAAUAUUUUGGACAUAUUUUAAAUAUAAAAUGUUUCUGUCUACCAAAGAAUAUGUUGAAAAAGAAAUGUAUGUACAUA